CGGCUGCUGCAGAAUAUGUGGCCUUUAUAGCCGCUCCAGCCUCAACAUCCCCAUCCUACAAGGAAAGUAGCAUCACUUCCAGUAGUAGUAGCUCCAUCCAUCCACGAUGAAUGAUCCAGCUGAGAGUGCUACCGAGACCGAGAGAUCAACAACACAAGAAGAAGAAGAAGAAGAAGAAGAAGAAGAAGAAGUCUCACCCAAAGAUUUCGUAGCCACACUUGCAGCAAGAGAGGGGUGGUCUCAACCACUGGUCCAAUACAAGAAGUACUGGUUCAGGCCGGGGCUCCUGGAGCGGAUCCUGCUGGUCAGGCAGGCCUUCGUGCCCCGCGCCGACGACAUCAUCCUCGCCACGCAGCCCAAAUGCGGCACCACCUGGAUCAAAGCCCUCGCCUUCACCAUCACCAACCGGUCCCGCCACGGCUUGGACGACGACCACCCGCUCCUCACGCGCCACCCUCAGCACGUCGUGCCGUUCAUCGAGAUCCCCGGCGCCGGCGCGGACCACCCUGACAUCCACGCGCUCCCGUCCCCGAGGCUUCUCGCCACGCACAUGCCCAUGUCGUUGCUCCCGCCGGGCACGAGGUCGGUCGGCUGCCGGGUGGUGUACCUGUGCAGGGACCCCAAGGACGCCCUCGUGUCAAGGCUGCACUUCGAGAACAAGGUGUUCAAGGGCGCCAACCUGUCCAUGGACGGCGCCUUCGGCAUGUUCUGCGAGGGGUUCUCGCCCUACGGCCCCUUCUGGGAUCACUGCCUCGAGUACUGGAGGGCGAGCGUGGCGAGGCCGGACAACGUUCUCUUCCUCAAGUAUGAGGAGAUCAAGUCCGAUCCGGUGCAGGUGGUGAGGAAGCUGGCGGAGUUCCUCGGCGUCCCGCUGACCGAGGAGGAGGAGAGCGCCGGCGUUGCUCGGGCGGUGGUGCGGCUGUGCAGCUUUGAGAAGCUUACCAGCCUCCAAGUGAACCAGGUCGGCGGCGUUCGUCACAGUGAGAGCGUUCACGUCAGUAAUUCUGUGUUUUACAGAAAAGGAGUAGUGGGGGACUGGGCAAACCACAUGAGCCACGAGAUGGGGGACAAGCUGGACCGCAUCGUCCAACACAAGCUUGACGGAUCUGGCCUUGUGUUUUGAGCUGUUGUUAUCAUCUGUUCCCUUCUCCUUUCCUCGCCAUCUACCAUGUACCUCGCGUUGCACAUUUUAGUAACAGGAGUUUGUUUCUUUCAAGUGUAUGUUCUUUGUGGUUCAAUUAAUGUUGCACGUUUCAGUACUAA